AUGUCCGCCGAAAACCAGCUCAAGUACACGAACAAGCUCAAGAACUCCCGCGUUCUCAUCAUCGGCGGUUCCUCAGGCUUAGGCUAUGGCGUCGCAGAAGCGACCCUCGAGCACGGCGCUCUCGUCGCCAUCUCUUCUAGCAGCGAGUCGCGCAUCCAGUCUGCAGUCUCCAAACUAAAGAAAGCGUAUCCCUCCUACGCAUCCAGCGUCCACGGCCUCACCGUCGACCUACUCGACGACGCCACCCUAGAGCGCGAGCUCGACAGCAUCCUCAAGCGUGCAACAGAGACCCUAGGCGGGAAACUCGACCACGUUGUUUUCACCGCGGCUGAUGCUCUCGCCCCCAUGAAGCUGAGCGACAUGACCGUCGACCGCAUCCACAAGGCUGGCACCAUUCGCUGGCUUGCGCCGCUACUCCUGGCCAAAUACCUGCCCACUUACCUGAAUGUGUCGUACCGCUCGUCCUACACCAUAACGACGGGCGGCAUCAGCGAGAAGCCUAUCCCGAACUGGUCUGUCAUUGCGGCGUAUGCGGGCGGGCACCACUCGAUGGUGCGAAAUCUCGCGCUUGACAUGAAGCCUAUUCGAGUGAAUGGGGUGAGUCCUGGUGUUGUGGAUACGGAGCUGUGGAAGAUGGGUGAGGAUGAAAAGGCAGCAUUCUUUGAGCAGUGCAAGAAGAGUCUGAUGACUGGGAGAGUACCUACUGCGGAGGAUAUAGCGGAGAGCUAUCUCGUGAUUAUGAAGGAUUGGAACAUGGAUGCUAGUAUGGUGAGGACGGAUGGAGGUAGUUUGUUUGCUUGA